AUGAACGCCGCCGUCACUCCAGCCACAACCACAACCUCCACCACCAUGCUCUCCGUGCCAUCGUCAACCGGCACCGCCUCACAUCCAGCCCGUCCCACCUUCAACUCCCAGCGAACCCAAGACCGCCUCCGCGAAGGCGAGGGUCUCUACUCCAUGAUCUUUCGCACCGACAGCAACCUGCAGCGAGGCCGGAAAUCCAUCUUCAAAGAGACGGGCUUGGACGACGACAGUGCCAGCGACUUUACCGACGCCUCAAUCUCAAUCCGGUCGCCGUCCAUCACGUCUCCUUCGUCACAGGAGCUGUCGCCCUUUCUAUCGCAUGAAGGUCAUCCUCAGGUUUGA